CGAAACUAUUAAAGUGACGAAGUUGUCUUGAUGUGUUAAGACCGAAAAAAAGCAGAAGUUAUUCGGCUAAGGUGGGGCAGAGUCAGGUGAUCAUCGGCAGCUAGCUUAACGCACAGACACAGACAAUGGCAUUCACAGAGAGGUGAACGUGGGAAAACAGGGCUCGGGUUUGGCUUUCUUGGAUCCAAAGUGGGUAUUUAAAGAGCCUGUGAGCUCCAGUAACAUAUCUUUUGAAAACGAAGUUGUUUUAAAAAGGAGAAUUAGUGGAGGGAGCCCCUCGGAUCGGUGUGUGGGAGGGGCGACACAAGCCCGACCGCAGUCAGUCAGUCAGUCGUUAGGCAGCUGAAGCUGACCGGACCGGAUCAUCGUCGACCCCCCAACCGAAAUCUGAUUUUGGGGAUUCUCCUUUUGGAUGCUACUUUGCUCCACGACCCGUCCUGCUUUGGCUGAUGGAAACAGACAUCCGUGAAAAUGUGCGCGAAUGUGUUCGGAGUUUUGAAAAGCCUGUUUGGGAAGCCCUUUGAUGGUGGGAAGAGGAUGGACCAUGGCGGCCCACAGCAGCAGCAACAGCAUCCAAUGGAGCAGCAGCAGCAGGCGUAUUAUGCGCAGCACCCUGCCAUGAUGCGGCUGUACGAGGUCCAGAAGGAGGUGGCGUCUCUGGGGCCUCAGGUCUGCACCUUCAGCGGCCUGCAAAACGACCGUGACUACAAGCGUCUGGAGCGCGAGCUGACGCGGCUGCUGCUGGACGUGGACCAGGUGGACACGGAGGGCAAACCGGAGCUGCAGGGGGCACGAAAGAGAGCAGCACAGGAGGUGGAGGGCCUCCUGCGUUACCUGGAGGAGAACAGCUCUCAUCCAUCCCGCCUAGCCAUCGAGGAGCUGAGCAACGAGGCGCGGCGGCUGGUGGACGAACGCAUUGUGGCACCUCAACGUGGCGGCGGGGUGGCCGAAAUCAACGACGAGCUGGUGGAUGCUCUGCAGGAGCUCGUGCUGAGGCUCACCCAAGUCAAGACCGAGGGGAGGGUGCCGCUCCGCAAGGCACGCUACCGGGCGCUGACACGCCUGUGCGCCGUACAGGAUGUGUUCGAAGGGCGCACGCAGCAGCAGACCCUCUCCCUGCCGCUGUCGGGGGACACCCACGAGGCCGUGCACUGCAUCAACCAGGUGAUGGUGAAGGUGAGCGUGGCGCGCAGUCAGCUGGUGGCUCUGCUGAUGGGUCUGAGUGGGAGGGACAGCUGCGCCCACCUGUCACGAAUCCUGACGGAGAUGCAGGUGGAGCUGGACGCGCUGGAUGUUUCUGGAAACGCAGCAAUCAGAAAUUACCGGAAACAGGUUGUGGAGGAGAUUAACGGGCUGCUGAAACAUCUGGACCUGGAGGGGGAGGGAGACGACACGCGCAGGUACGACUUGGCGCAGAACAACUCCAUCCGUGAGAUCGAGGCGGUGCGAGCUCACGUCUGCCACCUGCGAGAGGGCGUCCUGCGGCACUGCGUGAUGGGGGAUCUGAGCUUCAGGCCCAAAGCUGAGCUGCAGAGCCUCCUCACUCACCUGGACCAAGUGGACACGGCCAAGAAUCCGUGCAUCAGAGAGGCCCGCCGCCGCGCCGUGGUGGAAGUCCAAGCCAUCAUCACAUUCCUGGACCUCCGCGAGGCCCUGGUCUGCCGCCAGCCGGGCCCCAGUGAGCACCCGUCGCACCGGGCCGUGUGGCUUGUCCUGGGGAGCCUGUCGGACCUGCAGGCCCAGGUGCUGGGCUUCGAUGGCAAGCGGGCCGACAAGAGCUACAUGAUGCUGGAGGAGCUGCUGACCAAACAGCUGCUGGCGCUGGACGCCGUGGACCCGCAGGGAGACGAGACGACCAAGAUGGCACGGAAGCAGGCGGUGAAGUUUGCCCAGAACAUUCUCAACUACCUGGACAUGAAGACGGACGAGUGGGAGUAUUGACAGCGUGGACAGCGUGGCAGCCAUGUUGCUGGUCGGGCGGGGACGUCGCUUCAGGAAGGAAAUGAUAAUGUGUGUAAAUAAAAAAAAAAAAAAGAAAAAAAAAGAAAAACUGGAACGUUAUCAUUUCACGGGCUGUAAAUAUUGACUCAAAUCCCCAGAAUGCACUGCAGCAGCGCUUUUCUUUUGUCUCUUGGUGGUAGUUGUGGCCGACCCUGCUGAGAAGUCAACAACACAGAACUCCCUUUGUGAAACACACUUUGAACAUUUAUUUUGUGCUUUUUGAAGGUUUUCUUUUUAACUCUCCCGUGUUUGUGUGUGUGAGUCGUUGUGGUAUUUGGUGUGUGUGUGUGUGUGUGUGUGUGUGUGUGUGGUCGUCGAAGCCUGCUGCUGCCAAAGCACUAAAUAAUGCCUGUUAUAGUGGUCGUCUUCUCCAGACUGCGCUUGAUAUUGAUGAAUUACCCGAGUGUGAUGGAUUGCUUAGCAGUGGCUUCCCAGUUUGGCCUGAUUAAUCUGACUUGUAGACAACCAAUGCAUGUGUUAAAUUCAGUGACCUAAUUAGGGAGAGUCGUCCGGUGCUACCAUGAGAGUAGGGCUCGGUCCAGAUCGGGGUACCUGUUGGUACCCAUUUUGGCCUUUAAAAUAUCAAAAGGCAUCAAAUAAUGUCAAAUUACUGGAGCAUUUUUCUUUUAUUUUGCUGCAGUUUUGUAUUGAAAUCAAAUUUGGCGCGAUUCCAUUUGGCAAAGCAGAUGGUGUGAACAAAUGUUAAAUGGGGGAAUUAAAUUUAAUCUGCAGUGAAAUGUGCUUUUAUGCAAUUGAGAACAAUAUUUGGGGGCAUUUUAGGAGCAGCAUCAGAGGUGAAACAUUAGAGGCAGAGCUGAGGCGUGUGCACAAACAUCAAGCUGGUAUCGAAAGCCAGGAAAUCUGUGUUUAAACAGAGACGUAAUUAGAGAGAGAACAGUGGGAGUGUGCAUCGUUGAUGCAAGGUCACUCUCCACUCCUGCGUGACCCUGUUUAUCCCCUCAGCAUUUGGUCCGUGUCUCUGGUAGCGCUCCAGUCCACACGGCUGUGGCAAACUCCCCAGAACUCUGCACACCACAGCUGUCGUGGCCAUCCGGGUCAAACGAGACAAAAGACGAGCCUCGUUACAACUGAGAUACAGAAGCGUUGAUUUAAAAAAAAUAAUAGUUUGUGUUGAGAUGUUAUCUUGU